AUGUCCGGCUGCUUUGGAGGCAGCGAGCACCGGCAGCGCUCGGAGCGAGCGGCGCGGGGCGAGCAUCCCGAGCAUCCCGAGCAUCCCCGGGCAUCCCGAGCAUCCGCGGGCAUCCCGAGCAUCCCAGCGCGGCCGAGCCUUUCCCCCGUGCGGAGCAUGAGCCGAGCGGGCAGCGGGAGCCCCGGGAGGAGCCCCGGGAGCCGAGGGGCAGCGCUGGUGCUGGCGCUGGCGCUGUGGGCUCUGCCCGCCGCCGUGUCCGGCUGCAGCUGCGCGCCCGCGCACCCGCAGCAGCUGCUGUGCGAUGCUGCGCUCGUGAUCAGAGCAAAGAUCUCCAGUGAAAAGGUGGUUCCUGCCAGUGAUGACCCCCUUGAUAGCCACAAAAUGAUCCGGUAUGAAAUCAAACAAAUAAAGAUGUUUAAAGGAUUUGAAAAGCUCAAGGAUGUCCAGUAUGUCUACACCCCUUUUGAUUCAUCACUCUGUGGAGUGAAACUAGAAGCCAACAACAAGAAGCAGUACCUUCUAACAGGCCAAAUUUUAAGUGAUGGCAAAGUGCUGAUCCACUUGUGCAACUACAUUGAGCCGUGGGAUGAUUUAUCCUUGUCUCAGAAAAAGAGCCUGAACCAGAGGUACCAGAUGGGCUGUGGCUGCAAGAUCACCACGUGCUACUCGGUGCCCUGCUCCAUCACGGCGCCCAACGAGUGCCUGUGGACGGACUGGCUGCUGGAGCGGCGGCUGCAGGGCCACCAGGCGCGCCACUACGCCUGCAUCCGCCGCAGCGACGGCACCUGCAGCUGGUACCGGGGGGGGCCUCCCCCUGAGAAGGAGUUCAUGGACAUCAGCGAGCCCUGAGAGCCCGCCAAGCGCGCCCUGGGAGGCUCCUUCCAUCCGCCCGCGCGCGCCCGGCCUAGACACCAGCACCGCGUCCCCAAAGGGCCCGUGGGGCUGGCAGCGGUGCAGGCGAGGGACAAACCUCCUGCAGGCACCUGCUCUGCUCUGUUAGGCUUUGCACAGAGGGCUGGCAGCGUCCUCCAAGGCACAACAAACCCCCUUCUUGCCAAUAGGAACGUAUCACAACCAAUUGUGUCCAGAAUUUUGCCAGAAUAUUGCCAAUGUCAAUGUACCAGAACAAAUUUUGCCAGGAUUUUGCCAAUGUCAAUGUGCAAGAACCAAUUUUGCCAGAACUUUGCUAAUAUCAAUGUUCAAGAAUAAAUUUUGCCAAAUUAAUGUUCAAGAACCAAUUUUGCCAGAAUUUUGCCAAUAUCAAUGUUCAAGAACAAAUUUUUGCCAAUAUCAAUGUUCAGGAACAAAUUUUGCCAGAAUUUUGCCAAUAUCAAUGUUCAAGAACACAUUUUUCCAAUAUGAAUGUUCAAGAACCAAUUUUGCCUGAAUUUUGCCAAUGUCAGUGUUCAAGAACCAAUUUUGCCAAUAUGAAUGUUCAGGAACAUAUUUUGCCAGAAUUUUGCCAAUGUCAAUGUACAAGACCAAUUUUGCCAGAAUUUUGACAAUUUCAAUGUACAAAACCAAGUUUUUCCAAUAUGAAUGUUCAAGAAGAAAUUGUGCCAGAAUUUUGCCAAUUUCCAUGUGCAAGAACAAAUUUUGCCAGAAUUUUUCCAACAUGAAUGUUCAGGAACAAAUUUUGCCAGAAUUUUUCCAGAAUUUUGCCAAUAUCAAUGUUCAAGAACAAAUUAUGCCUGAAUUUUGCCAAUAUCAAUGUUCAGGAGCAAAUUUUGCCAGAAUGUUGCCAAUUUUACCAAUAUCAAUGUACAAGAACAAAUUUUGCCAAUAUCAGUGUGCAAGAAAAAAUUUUGCCAGAAUUUUGCCAGUAUCCAUGUUCAGGAACCAAUUAUGUCAGAAUUUUGCCUGUAUCAAUGUUCAAGAACAAAUUUUGCCCCUGUUUUGAUCACCUGCAGGUUGAGAGCUCCCCGUGGUUUAUUCCAAAUCUUUCUGGAAUGUUUUAUAGAACUUUUUUUUUUUUUUUUUUCUGUAUGAAAGUCUUGGAUAUAAAAGAAUUAUUGUACAGUGUAUAUGUAAAAUAUUAUAACAAUGUGCUAUUAAAAAAACAAUUUCACAAAUAUUUCCUCAUGUGUUGAAUCGAGUUGAACGCUUCUGUGAUUAAAACAAUCUGUGCCCCACAUUUUGUACUUUCCUUGUGUCACAGCUCCCUUUAUCCACAGAGUUGUAACUUCCAUUGAGAACUAAAUUAAGAAGCAGCCUUGAUAAUCAAAAC